UUUAUUGUGGUUGUGUCAUGCCACACAAGCAUUGGCUAUUUGGCUCUUUCCUUUGGUUUGGUUUGGUUUUGGUUUUCGUUUGCUUUACCUGGCCUACUGUGAAGACUCGUCGUUGAGUCUCGACGGUGGCGAUGGUGGUGGAAUGAAGUGAAGUGAAGUGAAGUAGAGUGGAGUGGAGUGGAGUGGAGUGGAGUGGAUUGGAGUAGAGUAUCUUUUAAAGCUUGAUUUGAGAGUUUUGUGCCUCAGUUGUGUUAUAGCUAUGACGCAAACAACUCUAGCGCUUCUCGUCGACCAGCAGCAGCAACAGCAGCAGCAGCAGCAGCACCAACGACAGGUGAAACGGUGAACGGGAAAGUUUAAAGAUACGCCAAGGCCUAGGUGGUCGUUCAAAAAUUUGCUGUGGACUUAAUCUAUUAACAGAUCAAUUAACAAAAUGAAUGACCAACAAGAAGAUGAAGAAACACCAAACGGUUUCAGCCAACAUCAUCAGCAGCAUCAUGAUCAUGGUGGUAAAUCACUUUAUAAAGAUGAUGUUAAGAAUUAUAUUGCCAAACAUGAUUAUGAAUAUGUGAUGGUGCAACGACUACGUUCGAAGCGAAGAUCUUCGUCAAAAAGACCAAACUCACAGUCAAUCACCUGUGUCCCAGUAAUAUCAUCGAAUCGAUCAACUGAUAAAGAUAGUGGAAUGGGUAGCCCCGUUGAGGUGGAUGGUUCGCGGCUAACAACGCUUGCUGAAAAGGAUCAACGAUUUGUGAAAACUACCGAAGAACCACAACACAAACAUGAAUGGGAUAAAAAAUAUUUGCUACAAACAUAUUUACAUUCAAUGGAUGAUGCCAGAGACGAUGGCAAUGAACCAUCAGAUGAAUUUCGAAUGGAAGGAUACGAUGAAUUACAAUUGUAUUGGCUUCAAAGGGUCCAUGGCAUUAACAAACAAAUUCAACGUAAAGAAGAGCAAAUCCUGCGAUUGCAUGCCAAAGUGCGCAGGCAUCAAGUAAAGUAUGCAUUUCAAACGAAAAGCGAUGUUCUAGUACAAAUCGAUAGACUCGAUACCGAAUUGGCCACCCAGGCCACAGAUAUACAUCGAAUCGAGAAUCAAUUAUUUACGGCCAAUGAGGAAUUGAAAGAGAAACUCGGUGUGCUGGAAUCCUUGGGUCAUGAAUUUGAAUCAACGCUACUCGAUAUACAAAAUUGGGGAACUCUAGUGUGAUGAUCUAUGCAUAUUCCCAAAUCACAGCAGCAGAAAGUCGUAAACUUGUACCAAAUUGUUGUCAAUUCACCAAAUAAUGCAUUAAGUUUUGUUAAUGUUUAAAAAAAUGUUUACCUGAAUAUGUGUGUGUAUGUGUGUGUGUAGCGAUGCUGCAUACCACAGAUAUCAUAAUUAUAAGAUGCUCAUUUGUACAUAUCUAUACAAGUAUAUAUAUAUACUACAUUCCACACAAAGAAUUUCGGUUGCCCCUUUGACUUAACAAUUAUAUGGGAUGGGGUACAUACAUACAUACAUACUUACAUAUUAGGGCCAUCAUUCCCAACAUUCGUUGAGGUUACAAACUCAUUAUCGUUCAAAUAUGCUAGUAAGUUGGGCCAAGUUAA